GAGGAAGGGGCGGGGAGACGGAGAGCCCGAGCACCAAGCGGGAGCGGGAGUCUUUUCGGGGCCUCCGCGCGGACCGGCGCGCUCGAAUGUUGUCGCCGUGACCCGGGCGGGGCAGGAGGAGCAGCCGCCGCCGCCGCCGCCAGCAGGCCAGGUUGGGACUCCCCGAACCGGGCGGGAGGAUGAAGCGCCGGAGCGCCGACUGCAGCAAACUCCGGCGGCCGCUGAAGCGGAACCGCAUCACGGAGGGCAUCUACGGCAGUACUUUCCUGUAUCUGAAGUUCCUGGUAGUUUGGGCUCUCGUGUUGGUGGCUGACUUUGUUUUGGAAUUCAGAUUUGAAUAUUUGUGGCCAUUUUGGCUUUUCAUCCGGAGUGUUUAUGAUUCCUUCAGAUACCAGGGAUUGGCAUUUUCAGUAUUUUUCGUUUGUGUAGCAUUCACAUCAAAUAUCAUAUGUCUGCUAUUCAUACCAAUACAAUGGUUGUUUUUUGCUGCCAGCACAUAUGUUUGGGUACAGUAUGUCUGGCAUACGGCAGCCAAAGGAUUGACUGAGAUGGAUUCCUCAAUACUUUUGCAACACAAUGGUGGCAUUCCAGCUAAUAAAAAAUUAUCUACAACAUUACCGGAACUAGAAUACAGAGAAAAGGGGAAAGAAAAAGACAAGGAUGCCAAAAAACAUAACCUUGGAAUAAAUAACAAUAUUUUGCAACCUGUAGACUCUAAAAUACAGGAAAUUGAAUAUAUGGAGAACCAUAUCAACAGUAAAAGAUUAAAUAACGAUCUUGUGGGAAGUACAGAAAACCUCUUAAAAGAGGACUCAUGCACUGCCUCAUCCAAAAAUUACAAAAAUGCUAGUGGAGUUGUGAACUCCUCACCUCACAACCACAGUGCAACUAAUGGAAGCAUCCCUUCCUCAUCAGUUAAGAAUGAGAAAAAACAGAAGUGCACUAGCAAGAGCCCAAGCACACAUAAAGACUUGAUGGAAAAUUGUAUCCCCAAUAACCAGCUAAGCAAACCAGAUGCACUGGUAAGGUUGGAACAAGAUAUUAAGAAGUUAAAGGCUGAUCUACAGGCCAGCAGGCAAAUCGAGCAAGAGCUGCGCAGUCAGAUCAGUUCCCUGACUAGCACAGAGCGGGGGAUCCGAUCGGAAAUUGGACAGCUCCGGCAGGAAAACGAGCUGCUUCAGAAUAAAGGAGAAUGCACUGAGACGUUACGAAAUCGCAUCAGAGACCUGGAGACAGAGUGCAAAAAGCUAACUAUUGAUAUAAAGGUGAAAGAAGAUCAGAUACGAGAUCUAGAAAUGAAAGUUCAGGAAUGGCGGAAAUACAAAGAGAAUGAAAAGGACACAGAGGUAUUAAUGUCGGCCCUUUCAGCCAUGCAGGAUAAGACGCAGCACUUAGAGAACAGCCUGAGCGCAGAGACAAGGAUCAAAUUGGACCUCUUCUCUGCUUUAGGAGAUGCCAAAAGACAGCUGGAAAUAGCUCAAGGGCAAAUAAUUCAGAAAGAUCAGGAAAUCAAGGACCUAAAACAGAAGAUCGCGGAAGUGAUGGCAGUCAUGCCCAGCAUAACAUACACUGCAGCCACCAGCACGCUGAGCCCAGUUUCUCCACACUAUUCUUCCAAAUUUGUGGAGACCAGCCCUUCUGGACUUGAUCCUAAUGCCUCAGUUUAUCAACCCCUGAAGAAAUAAGCGCCAACUUUCCACCUGUCGCACCGAAGGCAUCACACAGAAAAAUCUCUUGCAGUCAAGAUGAAAUUUGUAUAGUGUGAGACUGUACUGAUUUCUUGUUUAAAAAUAAAAAUAAAGGGAAGUGGGGGGCCCCAACACCAAGGUUUGACUCAAACUGCCCAUCAGUUUUUUCUUGUAAAUUUUUAGAAAAACUCACAAAACUUUACAAUUUUUUUUUCUUGGCCAAUACAUUAAGGGGAAAAGAACCCACAAUUCUUGGUUUUCAUAUAGCAAACUCUGCUUCUCUUUGUUAGUUCAAGUGAAUUCACACACAGACACCCAUGCAUAAAUGAAUUGCUGCAAAGUUUCCCCUUGAAACUACCCAAAAGAAUUUAAAAAAUAGCAGCUCUGCUUGAUUUUAAACCCUUCUUUCUCCCCCCCCCCAUUUCUUUUAAAUAUAAUGAAGACAAAAUGGCAAAUUAAAAAUGGCAAGGAAUAAUGAUGGAAAUUCUUUAGUCUGUUUUUUUUUUUUAAAUGGCGAAAGGGUUUGUAGUGAAAUAAAGCUUUGAUAUAGAGGAUGGUGAAAUGGGGUUGAAUGGAAGGAAGAAUGUCCAAGAGAUCAAUUUGCUUACCCCACUCAGGACCAAAUGUGUAAUAAGAGGGCAUCAUUUUCUUGAAGGAAGGCAAUAAACACAUGAUAACGACAUGUUCUUGACUUGUGUGAAGGUUCCCAUCAGGAUAGUUAAUGGCUUGAAAGAUGCUAAUGUUGGCAGGACCUUGAGAAACUACGACAUGCCAAGAGGAAAUUUGACAAUUUCAGAAUUAUCUCUCUUCCCCCACUCCCCUUUUGCUCCCACAUAGCCUGAAAUAAAAAUAAAGCUCGUUUUACAGAGUCUACUGCAGGUCACCAAUAUAAUUUGGAUGUCAUCUGCGGUUACAUCUCUUUUUUGUUCAUUUCUGGGUACCAAAUCCAACAGUGUUUCUGAUGAUCAGGAUAUGCUGUAGCUGAAUAGUAACAGAGGGAGUAUUGUAGUAAAAGCAGAGCAGUGCAACAUGGGGUAUUCCAGAGACUGUCCGACUGGUUCAUAAAAAGGGCAGCUUGGGUGUUUUGGUUUGCUUUUUUGUGUUGUUUUUUUUAAGUCAAAUUUCAAUUACGCUUUCUAUCCUGAGUUUGACAGUUUCAUUUCAAUGAGACUGGGCUAAAAUCUCAGCCGUUGUGCCAAGGAGGUUUUGUUUUUUUAAGAAUUUUUUAAAAAGAAACUCAAAAUUGCACAAAGAUUUCAGUUUAAAUGUAUAUUGUGCAUUGGUAGGAAAGUGUGUUGCACUGGCGACUUUUGAAGUGUUUAAGGUUUGAGUAUGGGUGGGAGGGGCAGUGGGGCAGGGAUUCAAAAUUGUAUUAGUAACUAGCAAAAUUAUUAAAAAGAGAAACGAAUUCAUUAUGAUUUUGCAAACAUGCAGUGGACUCUGGAAGGACAAAGUUCUUCUUUAAAACACUUUUUUAAAGUUUCAUAAUUGGCAGGUAUGCCUAGUUUAAAAACAAAUUAAGUAGGACAAGCAAGUCAAUAAAAUAUGAGUAUUAACGGUCCAUCAUUUUAAAUCAGAUUCUUUUUCAGAUUAAAAAAAAAUCCUAGCUUUAGCCAGGCGUGCAUGUUGCUGUCAUUUUGCUUUUUGGAAUCAUCUUGUGUAAUUGUCACCAUGAAAGUGUUACUCAGAAAUGUCAUUGGUUUUCAUCUUUGUGCAAAACAUGAACUCUUGUCAUUGACUUUUUUGUGUUGAGGUUCCCCCAUUUUUUUAUUUUUAUUUUUUAUUGUUUUAUUUUUCUUGGCUGCCCUUUUGGGCACCCUUUCUGUUGAAAUACUUGGUCUUGGCUGCAUUCCUUUUUUUUCUGUGGGGUUUACAAAAAAAAUAUAAAAAUAAACAUUUUCUUGCA